AGAAACAGCUUAAUUCUGCAAGACAAUCCGUAUACACAUCAGUAUAGGUCUUGACAUCAACAGUGCUUAACGACUUUUUAGUCAAAAUGUUUAAAAUAAAAGUUUUUUCUUCAUUAGUUUUAUUGGUAGCUCUUUUAAAUGGAAGUUCGUCUAAAGUUGCGCCCUCCUACAUCCAAACAUGUCCUGGUCUAAAGUCAGAUUGUUUGAAGAAAGUAGUGCAAGAAACAUUGCCUCUAUUCUCAAAGGGUAUUCCUGAACUAGGGGUCGACUCUAUUGACCCCUUGAGGCAAGAUAAUGUUAACCUGGUUCUCCCAGGAGGUUUCAAAGUGGAGUUCCGUAAUGGAACUAUGACUGGAUUAAGGAAGUGUACUAUUGAUUCUGUGUCAUACAAAAAUGAUGCAGCAGAUUUGAAGAUGCAUUGUGAUCUGACUAUCAAGGGAAUGUACAAAGCAUCCGGAAGAAUACUGAUAGUAUCCAUAAAUGGUGAUGGAAACGCUAAAAUUAAAAUAAAAAAUGCAAGCCUUCACGCAAAAAUUAAGUUCGCUGAUAACGUGCGUGAUGGAGUUAAGUAUUACGAAGUAAAAACUAUUAACAUUAAACAAGAUUAUGGAGACAAGGUUACAUUCAGUUUGACGAAUCUAUUCAAAGGAAAUCCUGAAUUGAGUGAAGCUGUCUUGCAGUUUUUAAACCAGAACUGGAAACAAAUCGCCGAGGAGUUUGGUCAACCCCUCGUGGAUAAGCUGGUUGAAAUCGUUUACAAUAUUGUCAAGCGGUUCUUUGAAGCUGUUCCUAAAGAUGAGUUGUUCGUUGAAGAAUAAGUGCAAAGAAUGAUAGUGAUUUUGUAGAUAUAAGGACUUUUAUGUAGGUUACGUGUUAAGUCAGUUGUAAGAUCAUAAAAAAUAAUUUAAAUGUUAA